AUGUACUACUUGUCAAACAACGACAUCGCUUACAUUGUCGCUCUUGCCAUCUUAACAGCAUGGAGCAUUUUUGCCAACGCAUUCCUGCUUUACAUGAUUGUCUGCAGAAGUCCUAAAAACCUUUCACCGUAUCGAAUAUUUCUUGGCAAUGCUGCACUUACGCAAUUGUUGCUCUCUAUAGAUAUCAUUGUUGUUGCACCAAGGUAAGU